CCAUUUCGAGCCUCCGCCGCCUCCCGGCAGAACUUUCUCGGGCGCGGAAGGUUCCGGACAAGCGGGAGCUGCAGCCGUGCGAGGACUAGGCGGCCCGGGGAGCGGGAGUGGGCUAGGCGUGCGGCCCCGCGGCGGCCCUUCCCCUGUCGCCAACUCCGCCAUUUCCGACUGCGGGUUCUCCCUAGGCGAAGGAUGGGCGGGCAGCAGCCGCUCUAAUUCAACGGCCAGGACGGAGAAACCGGAGCUGUGCCCAACAGGCCUCAGCAGCCAUCUUCCUACCCUCCGCUGACAGAGAGAGCCGGACUUCCGGGAUGAGAAGUCACUUCCGGGUCAUCGUUCUACUCUCCGCUCACAGAGAGAGCCGGACUUCCGGGACGAGACGUCACUUCCGGGUCACAAACAGAAUUUCUCCCCCCCCAAUAGAACAAAGAAGAAAAAAGAAAUUUGGCGGGGCAUAGAGCCAGAGAGCCCUACAGAAGGAACUUCCGGUAAAAACAGGAAACCGCGAUGGGCCGUCAUUUUCUAGCGGUGCAGUGUCGCUCUAGGCUGUAGCAUCUCUAUGGUGAAUGUGUUCGGCGCGGGCGCGAAUCGCAUAAAAAUAGUUCACAUCUAGCCCGAAAAGGCUCAUCAAGUGCGGAAGGGGCGACUGCAGUUUGUUUUUGCGAUAGUCGGGCCUUUAAAGAAAACAGCCUAUGGGCUUCUUCUACGUUUAUGGUUUUGCAGAGGGUUGUUUCCGGGAAUUUUUGUUCUGAUUGGUCGCUCUCAAGCUCGAUUUCCGGAAGGACGUUUCCGGUGAGAGUAAGAAGUAAAGGGUUGCUGAAGAGCACAACAAUGGCUGGCCGCAGAGCUGCUUUGAAAGCAAUAGAUUGGGUGGCAUUUGCUGAACGAGUGCCUCCCAAUCAGAAAACCAUGUUCAAUGCCCUGAAAACACGCAGUGAUGCACUCUCAGCCAAGCUUGCUUCUUUGCCAGAGUCUCCCCCAGACAUUGACUGGGCUUUUUACAAAAGGGUAGUUGCCAAACCUGGCAUGGUGGAUGAAUUUGAGAAGAAGUACAAGGCAUUCAAAGUUCCUGAGCCUGUGGAUAAUGAGACAGUUAAGAUAGAAACCCAAGAACAAGAGGCUAACAAGAGUGCUGCUUCCUAUAUACAAGCCUCAAAAGCCCGUGUUGACCAGUUCGAGAAGGAGCUCCAAAAGCUUAAAAGCAUGAUUCCUUUUGAGGAGAUGACAUAUGACGAUUACUACGAGGCAUUUCCUGAAACGAAACCAGAUAAAGAAAAAUAUCCAUAUUGGCCAUACAGGCCUAUUGCAGAGUGGUGAAUCCUCUGAGCCUGGAAGCACUUUGUGAUGGCAGUUCAUUCUAGAAUCUGUUAAAUAAAGUAAUUGUACUAUA